AUGGCGAUGGACUUCUCUAACGCCGCCCUCCCCGCGCACUACGGCCUACACUUCACCCCAACCUUCCACUCCAAAAUCCCACCCAACAUCGACCCCACCUCUACCACGCUCCCUAACCCCUUCAUCGUCGUAGUCACAGGCGCAGGCAAGGGUUUAGGCUACCACAUCAGCCUCGCAUACGCCAGCGCAGGAUGCUCAGGACUAGCCAUUUCCUCGCGCACAAGCUCUGACCUCGAUGCGCUUGCCUCCGAAAUCAGCAAGAUCGCAGAAAAAAGAGGCACGAAGAUCGAAGUCCUGAAAGUAGUCGCCGACGUGCAAAGCGACUCCGACGUCUCCAAUCUUGAGAAAGAAGUCAGGCAGAAAUGGGGCAGAGUCGACGUCAUGAUCGCCAAUGCGGGUGUCAUUUCUAAGUACGUAGAGGCGCCAUCGUCGUCGGGGAGUAACCUCCCGCGGGGCAUCGUUCAAGAUGCAGAUUGGGCGCGUGUGCUGGACAUCAACUUGAAUGGUGUGUGGCGCGUUAGUAAAGCGUUUGUCCCGCUGCUGAGCGAGUCGAAGGACGGACCGCAGGCGCUUAUUUCGAGCUGUAGCAUGGCGGCGCAUUCUACAAUAAGUGAGUUGACGCCGAUUGCGUAUAAUGUGAGUAAGGUGGCGGGGAUGCGGUUGAUGGAGUGUGUGGCGAAUGAUCAUGGGGAGGAGGGUGUGCAAGCGUUUGCGCUUCAUCCCGGUGCAGUUGUGACGCCGCAGACGAAGAACCAUGCUGGCGGUCAAUGGAGCGAUAUUCUGGCUGAUGAUGAGGGUCUCGCUGGUGCGUUCUGUGUCUGGUUGACUAAGGAGAAGAGGGAAUGGCUUAGUGGGAGAUACGUGAGCUGCAACUGGAAUGUCAAAGAGUUGGAGGCGAAGAAAGACGAGAUUGUGAAGGGCAAUCUGCUCAAGUAUAGGAUGGUUGUGUGA